AUGGCCUUGGACUCUACCCCGUCGAAGACGCAGAUAAUGCCCAUAGAUCUAGCGAGGCCGGUUAUUUCCCUUGCAGAGAAUAUCUCCACAUCAAUGUCGGCCCUCUACUCACUCCAUGCUGCGCUAUACAACGUCUACGAGGAGACUUCUCCAGAAGUACUCAAGUUUAUCGACUUCAAACAGAAGAUUACAUCUAGUUGGGAGCAAUGGGCUACCUUAUUGCAGCAAUUUAUGGGAUUCGCUCGAGACUACGUCAGUGUUUGUCAUUCCUUACAGUUGGACACCUUCGUGGAAAAUGUUGCCUCUGCGAAUGCCAUUCUUUCGAGCGCCCAAAGAAUCCGUCGAGAAAUGGCCAACAACCAGCAGGCUUACGAAGGGUUGAUUCAACAAUUCUCGUCACUAGCUACAAGCUUCGGCCGGGAAUUCUCGGAUGCGAGUAGUGGAGUCAAUGGCGCUACUCCUGGACUCCAACGCCUCAGACUUUUUCAGGCUGCCCCCCAUCGUGGUAUUAGCGAAGCCUAUGUAGCGUCCGUUCGUGCGCUAAAUGAAUCCAACACCCCCAUCCGCGACAUCUCUAUCUUCUGGGAAGAUCUCACCACGCACCUCUCCAAGAUUGCUAGAUCUAGCAAUUUAAUCAGCAAGUUGAAUCAAGAGCUCUAUUUUCAAAGGCAAAUAUCGACGUGGACCUCGUUCCACGAUACUCUGAUCCGUGUCGUUGAAUCUAUAUUAUCAUCAUGCGACGCUUCCGCCGUUUCGCCGAUUAACCAGUCACACCAAUGGAAGAAGCUUCUUAUCCGCAUGCGGCCAAAACGUAGACUGUCGCCAGGGCUGCCACCCUCCACUCAACCUAAUAGUAUGACCCCUUCCGGGAUGUCAUCUGUCGAGGCAGCCGAGUCUCCACAAAUCUUGAUGAAUCCAAACAAAUUCGAUGUCCAAGCUAUCACCGACACGAGGUCGACGGUGCACGCUUGCCUCCAUGCUCUCCUUGUUCGAGACACACUCAGGCGCAACUUCAGGAAGGGUAGAUUUCGAGUAAAGGAACGCCUUUUACGCCAGAUAUCUGCAUAUUUUGAUUCACUCCCUGACCUCGAUGAAGAAGCAUUCUCCGGGGUGGUGACUUGUCAGUACGUUCGGAAGUUAUUGCAAGCUCCAGAAGAACGGAGCGUCGUCGAUGAAAUACGUGACUCGGCACUGCUCGCGGCUGAUACGACGGCAGCGACACUUUUGCAAUACGAGGGAAUAUAUCCUAUCCUACGCGCCGAAAUAUCCAGGAAACGGACGGGGAAGAAGGCGGAUAUCAUAUUACCGAAGGAAUUUAUAUUGCAUGACCUCGAGGGCGUGCCAAGCCGAAUGCUUCUGACCUACACGGGCGUCAAGCUGAAUCAGCUAAUCCACCAACAGCAACAAUUUCACAUGUACUGGGGCCAUCUGGCCAUAGACGCGGAACGCUUUGACAGCGUGAUAGAUUUUGACACUAAGGCGGUCUCCGACAGUUGGCGUACACAGGAAAAACACCUACGUUCAUAUGACGAUAAAGCGCGCAGGGCGAAGGAGUUGGUGACUGCUACUCACUUGUCACCUAGUAGGCACGAUUGGCUUCCUUCGUUCAGGGGCUUCAGUUGGAAACGUCGAAAAACAGUGGAUGAUGUCGGUGCUGCUGCGAGCGAGAGUAAUACCCAGUAG